UCUAUACGCAGUCGUUUUCGGCACUGGCUAAAACACCGGCCCUGACAUAAACUCUCACCGAGUGACUGUGCCACAACCCCAAGUUUGCUUAGUGCCUAUGGAAUUUAAGCAAGCUGUAAGGCAAUGACUGCAUUUUGCUGGCGAUAUUAGCUGAACUUCUAGCAACAGAACGAUGGCCGAGGUCUCAGAGCAACGCGCCUUGCGCCUGCAAAAUGUCCGCUAUGGUGAAAGGGAGUACUGGAACGCCCGUUACACAAACCAACCCUGCGAAUUUGACUGGUUCUACGGCUACACCGCGCUGCGGAAGGUCGUACGGCAAUUCGUGAAGCGCAGCAAGCUGGUGCUGCAUGUUGGCUGCGGCAACUCCAAUUUUCAGGAGGGGAUGGCGAACGACGGAUACCAGCUGGUCAACACGGACAUAUCAGAGGUUGUCAUCAACCAGAUGCGGAAGAAGCAUGCGGGCAUGCCGGGGCUGCGCUACGUGGUCUCCGACUGCCGCGACAUGCCAGAGUUCCUGGACUGCCAGUUCGGCAGCGUCAUAGACAAGGGCACGGUGGACGCGCUGCUGUGCAGCCAGGACGCGAGCGCCGACGUCACGGCCAUGUUCCGUGAGAUCUCCAGGGUGCUCCUACCCGGGGGAAUGUUCCUGCUCAUCACGCUGGGCGGCCCCGCGCACCGCCUGCCGCUGGUGAACCGGCCCGAGUUUGGCUGGUCCGUGCAGGUGUGUCUGGUGCGCCGCGUGCCGGACAGCCAGUUCGCGCCCUCCGAGCCGGGCCGCCCCAUCCCGCUGAACGACACGCCCAGGCCGCUGUCCUUCAUUGGGCCGCUGCCGGUCAACGCCGACGGCACCCUGGACGGCCUGCCCGACGACUUCGAGCCGGCGCACUACUUUUACGCCUACGCCUGCCGCAAGGCGCCGCUGGUGCUGGGCGGCACACAGCUGGCGGCGGCGGCCGCGGCGGCGCAGGCGGGAGCGGGAGCGGGAGCGGGUGCCCGAGCGGAGCCCAGGCCGGCUGCGAGGGCAAUAGCAGAGGGUGUGGAGGGCCGGGUGCGGCUACCCGAGGGCUGGUGCAACACCGUGCGGGCCGUGGCGCAGGCCAUCCGUGCGGAUGUGGGACUUCCCCCGGGCAUCCUGGGGCGUGGGCGGCGCGUGCGCACCACGACACGGGCGUCGUUCGAGCGUCAGCAGCAAGAACGCGAGGCACAAGCGGUGGCGGCGUCGGGCGCAGCGCUUUCAGCGGUCGCAGCGGCGCCGACGGCUCCCAUCUCUGGUGCCGCCUCGCAUGGAACAGGCGCCCCCAACAGCAGCACAGCAGCAGCAGCCGGCAUUAGUCGCGGCCACGCUGCGCCCAUGGACUCAGCGGCGGCAGCUGCAGGGGUAGCUGUGGCCGGCAACGCGGCAUGCGAGCUGGCUCAUGCACAUCCGGCGGGUGCGAAUGAAUGGGGUGCGGGUAGCAGCCCCUCAGAGCCGCGACCACCGCCGCCGGCGGCGCUGCCGCACCACCAUUUGCACCAGGACCAGUCGCACGUGCACGCAACGCACCCUCACGACCGCCCACACCAGCACCAGGACCAGGGGCCUUCCAUGCGUCAGGGCGGCUCGGUCAACGCUGUGGCUGGCUUGAUGGAUGCUACAGACAUGAGACAAGCUGCCGGCAGCUCAGCCCAUGCAGGCAGAGCUUCGUGUGCCGACGGCACGCCUGGCUGGGGCAACGGCUGCGGCUGCGGCUGCGGCUGCGGCUACGGCUGCGGCGGCAGCGGUGGCUGUGGCUGCUGCUGCGGCGGCGGCAAUGAAGGUGGCACCUGGGCCCGAGGCGUCUGUGGGGAGCCCGGUGUGUCGCCCAGUGACACAAGCGGCGGCGGGGAGGAUGAGCUGCUGGUGGUGGUGGAUGACGGCACGUGCUCCGCGCCCCAGCUGGACCUGCAUGGACUGCACGACUCCGUGUGCGGGCCCUCAGGCGGCCUGUCGCCCACAGUGUCAGACUCGAUGGCCGCUGUGCUCGAGCAGCUGCAGCAGGCGCACCUGCAGCACACCCGUGCUGCGGCGGGCGGCGCGCAGGCUGCAGCCGGCGCUGGCCACUACACAGCACCGGCUGCUGCUGCUGCUGCUGCUGCUGCUACUGCUGCUGCGGGCACAUCAGCAGCUCCCAGCCUUGCACCCAAACUGGUGGCGGAGUCAGCAGCCUCGGAUUCGCGGCGAGAGGACGCCCGCCAGCAAUGCUCGCGCCGCCAGGCAAUGCAAGAGGUCGCCGGCGUCGAUGGCAUCAGCUUCCGACGGCUGUCCAUCACGGUCAGUGACGCCUUUGAGGCCUUGGACAAGGUGGACGGAGCAGAGGCGGGCGAGCAGCGUGCGCGUCAGGAGCGCCAGGGCGCCGACCUGCAGCAGCAGCGGCAGCGGCACGGGAGCCUUGGGGAGGCGUUAGCGGAGCUACCGGUGCGACAGCAGGAUGGGUAGGAGGAAGGGUGGCGAACGGGGACGAGGAGCAGGGGUUGUGGGGGUGCUACUGUUGCGUACAGCGCAUGUGAUACUGGUAGUAGCUCAGGGGUCGGGUACUGUGCCCAUCCGUAUUGGCGGGCAGGCAUUACUGCGGGCCAAAUCCAUCACGUACUAACUUACUACUGAAGAAUUGUAGAAUCAUGGAAUUUACAGCUUCCUAUGCCAUUCUGGCGAUCCCGUACGUGCGGCAGUAGUCCGGGUGCGGUAAUAGUCCGAUAUGGUAAAAGUGCAUUCAUGUCAUGCUACAGCCGAUUUCGGCAGCGCACGGCUUGCUGAAGCUGUUCGCACAUGACGGAGUGAACGGUUUUGUCACGGGGCCUGCUACCCUGAUGCUGAAACAUUGAAGCCCCGGAACUGUGCGUGCGUCUUGCUUAUCUAAGACCCGCACACGGAAAUGGGGGGAGUGCCCGAACGAAAGUGUGUCAUUAUGACGCCCCGUGUACGGCACGGCAUGCAUGUGAACUUGCACAGUGGCGGCUUUGGAAACCGCGACAUAUCGGACCGUCGAAGGAGAUGGUGAUGCGUGCAGGACCGUGGGUUUCAUGGCGUGCAUGUCGAGGAGGCAGGCGUGUCCGCGUCCUUCUCCUCUUGCUGUGUCCAUUAAGACGAGCGAGGCCGCGGUGUUAUAGCCACCCAGGUGACCCAGCUGAUGUGCUGACUGACGUUUGGUUUGAAGGUGCCGACCAGUUAUGGACGUGCUUGACCAGUAGCCUUGGCGG